GCUCCUUUGAAUUCGUUCUCUUUACUUUAUUUUUGGUAUUAAUCUCAACUUUUCUUUCUUUCUUUUAAUCUGUUACCUUUCGAUAAACCACUAAUUAUGGUUCUUGGGCGCUUUUGUGUGUUUUCGCUACUUUUCUUUUUCUUUUCGGGCCGUUUUGUGUUUGGCUGUGAUCAACGGAGCAGCAGGAAUUUUGUUUACACACGCGAGGAACUGUUUGCGCUCUCCUUACCAGCGCUGUGGGGAGCGCGGCCCGACCUUCCCGUGGAACUACGGAAAAAGCGCAGGGGAAGCCGUGCCGGCACAAAGAUGAGGGAGCGGAGAAGGAAAUUUAAACCUGCAAUUCCCUCUGUCCUCAUGGGGAACGUGCGGUCUCUGGCAAACAAGAUGGAUGAAUUGUCCGGGCUCGUCCGAACUCAAAAGGAAUACGCCGUGUGCAGCAUCAUGUGCUUUACAGAGACUUGGCUACACGCGGACUUCCCGGACCACAGCGCGACUCUACCCGGCUUCACAACCUCACGGGCGGAUAGAAACACGGUCCUGAGCGAGAAAAUAUUGAAAUGGCAGCCAAUUAACAUCAAGACAAAUCUUACGGCUGUGAACAAGUUGAGACUUGAUAUUGCCAUUGUCCUCCUGCAAGAAACAGAUGAUCUCAGCAAGGUCUGUCAUAGCUGUGGGAUGGAGGAGAGCGAUAACCCUCACUGGAUCUGCUGUGACAUCUGUGAGAGGUGGUUUCACCACGAGUGUGUCCUGAGGCCAGAUGUGGAUGGGGAUCACCUGUGCCCUGCAUGCUUAUGAUGAGGGAUGAGGUAUUGCACAAUAUUUAUAUUAUAAUAUUUCUGUUUGUAUAGUUUCUUAUGAGGAUUUAUAUUUUAUUACAAAAAAGUGUUCUAUAUUGAUUGUCUUUGUGUUCACUUUAUUUGACGUUUGACUUUGAAUAUUGUAUAUA